AUGACACUAAACGUCGACUGCUUACAACUUCUCAGUAGGCAUGCGCAUCAUUGUUUUGCUGCUCACUUCCGGUUUCACAUCAUCAUCAUCAACAAGAUUGUUUUUCAGUCAGCCGACAUUGUUGUUGGCAACAGACACUCGAACGUCAUGCAGGUGCCACCACUGUUAUGGGUGGCCGUCGGCUUCUGUUUAAUCCCUCUGGCAGCUGCUCAUGUCCGCAUGGUGUGUCCCAAACCUAAAAGUCCAGCUUCUUCACUCUAUAGACAGCCUCCUGGAUCUACAAGUGAUCGACAAUGUGAUGUAAAACCAAGCCCUCCUGGACGAGAACCUUAUACAAUGUUAAAUCCUGGACCUUACACAAUUAGAUUUGAAGAAACAGAAUACCAUAAAAACUCACCAUUCCGUAUUUCCUUACACCAAUAUGGAAACAAUAGCACCUACUGUAUUCUACUCGAUCAAAUUCCCCACAACAAUGAAGCAUCCACCAUAGGAACUUAUUGCAAAGUGAGUACUUACAAUUUUCUUCAAGAUAUUUUAAAUGUUUUCUUUCUUUUUUAUUCUGUAGGAGAUACUUGCAGUCUAGAUGAUGAUCUGUGUACAGCCUACUGCAGUGUAGCCAAUGUGCGAAUAAAAAUGAUAGAAGCAUUAAGCAUCUGUAAUGAAGUGAACAAUACCUCAAAUCAACAUUCCAUGGUUUUUCAAGUUCCUGUUACCCAGUCAAAUAAUUCGGAAUUGAUUGCAACUUAUAAUUGGGGAACAAAUAUCACACAAUCGGAUUUGGAUUUGCUUAAGACUGGUCAACUCCAUCUUCAUUUAGUGACAGUGGAUCAAAAAGAACUUUAUCCUGUGAUAAAUCUUACAAAGUUGCAUUAUGAAUCUGGGAUCUAUCGGCAACACUCGGCACUUUAUUCAACUGAUGGUUGGCUUGCAGGACCUGAAUUUAUUGGUCCAAAUGCCACAUACUCUGCUAUUUCUUGGAGUUUUGGCACCUGUACUUACCCUGCACGGUACUACAUUUCUCGGCUUCAUUCUGUUGGAGAAGAUAGCCAUAACUCAAGUCUUCCCCAUGGUGUCAUUGGUUUAACCAUUAUGGAGAGCCGUGUGAUUGUUUCUGGAACUUUCCUUAGCCUCUCAAGUGAUGUGAAGGAAUCUGACAUUCGUGGCCCUGAUAUGCGACUUAUGGGUCAGUCCGUAUUCCAGUUUACACAAGAUGGUGAAUGGCAAGGCACAUUAAUUAUAAAAAAGAACACUCCACCAGUGAAAAAAGUGAAGAUUUUUUCAGCUUCCCACCAAUAUGAACCAGACACUGAAGUACUUGAUUUGAAAAAGUAUGAAGUUAAUCACUCUUCCUUCUAUACAACCACCAGUCAUAUUAACCAUAUUAUUGGUACGGCGCUCUCCCUUCCACCACUCGUCUCGAUCGUGUCAGUGGUACGGCGCUCUCCCUUCCACCGUUUAAUGUCCAAAUCACAAUAUCUCUUUCUUCCACCCACUAUCUCUCGAUCGUGUCGGUGUCUGGCCCGCUCUCCUCUCUUUGUCUCGUUUGUCAGUGAGACGGCGCUCUCCUUCUACCGUGUCACCGAUCGUGUCAGUGGUGGCGCUCUCCUUCUACCGUUUGUCGAUCGUGUCGAGUGUCGGUGCUCCUUCUACCGUUUGUCUCGAUGUGUGUCAGUGGUCUCUCUCCUUCUACCGUUUGUCUCGAUCGUGUGUCAGUGGUGCGGGCGCUCUCCCUUCUACCGUUUGUCUCGAUCGUGUCGGUGGCGCGCUCUCCCUUCUACCGUUUGUUCUCGUGUCAGUUCUCUUUCUACCGUUUGUCUCGAUCGUGUCAGUGGUACGGCGCUCUCUCUUCUACCGUUUGUCUCGAUCGUGUCAGUGGCGGCGCUCUCUCUUCUACCGUUUGUCUCGAUCAGUGUACUCUCUUCUACCGUUUGUCUCGAUCGUGUCAGUGUACGGCGCUCUCUCUUCUACCGUUUGUCUCGUCGUGUCCAGUGGCGAGUCUCUUCUACCGUUUGUCUCGUGCAGGCGCUCUCUCUUCUACCGUUUGUCUCGAUCGUGUCAGUGGUACGGCGCUCUCUCUUCUACCGUUUGUCGAUCGUGUCAGUCAGCACGGCGCUCUCUCUUCACCGCUUGUCCCGAUCGUGUCAGUGGCACGGGCGCCCUCUUCUACCGCUUGUCUCGAUCGUAGUGGUACGGCGCCCCUCUUCACCGCUUGUCCUCGAUCGUGUCAGUGGCACGGCGCUCUCUCUUCUACCGUUUGUCUCGAUCGUGUCAGUGGUACGGCGCUCUCUCUUCUACCGUUUGUCUCGAUCGUGUCAGUGGUACGGCGCUCUCUCUUCUACCGUUUGUCUCGAUCGUGUCAGUGGUACGGCGCUCUCCCUUCCACCGUUCGUCUCGAUCGACUCAGUGAGUCUUCUCACUGUUGGAGGCACUGCCCAUUCUGCAAGACAUGAAGAUGGAACAUUCCACAUAAAGGGUUUUGUUCCAACUCAUCCACCUGAGAUGCUAGAUUAUCUAACAAAAGGUACAUUGAAAAUAAAAAUAAAGACCACUCUCUUCAAAGACAGUGGCAUCACAGGCAACAUUCCAAAAUUGAGAAGAACUGUUUGCAGUAAACCUGAGUACAUCAAAGUUGGUGGAGAGGUUGGUUGGGAGGCUAACAACACAGCCAUUAAGAAUUUUUCUAUUGUGGCUGGUGACAUUCUCUAUUUCUCAUACAGUGGAGAUGAUAAAGUAGCUUUAUUACAAGACAAGGAACAUUUCCAGACUUGCAACUUCCAAGGAGAACAACAGAUUGGUCACACAUUGCUCACCCAUAGCAAUAAGAAUUCUAUCCAACACACAUUCAACACCCCAGGAACAUUUUUCAUUGCCUCACAAAUCGCCUGCAACCAUACCCCACCUCUUAAAUUUAUCCUCACUGUUGUGGAGGAUGCUCCUGCUAACAAGAAAUUUUCAAAAUCCCAAUGUGAGGAUUCUGCUUACUUACUAUGGCGCAAAGCUGAAUUGAAUAAAUACAAAGGAGUUGAUGGUGUUGGUGCCUCACUUGGUGGUGUUGUGGUUGGUCUGCUCAUUUUGUCUGUAAUUUUGUUAUGGGAUUGCCAUAUUAAUUCUGAGUCUUUAGGCAGCAAUGGUUUUGAGAGGUUCUGA